AUGUUCAACACUCCCUGGUUCGAAUCUGGGCAGUUCUCUGCCGAUGAAUCUGGCGACAUAUCUUCCUCUGCGCGUACGGGACCGGCAACUCGCCCUCUGCGACCUUUCGGCGAGAUUCCCGUCAAUUACAGUAACGACCCUGGCACUGCUUUGGAGGGAUCACUCUGGACCUCUGCGUCGUCGUUUGCUGCGAACGACUUGUUUCCCGAACUUGGUCAUGUGCCCUCGCCUCACUAUGAAGCCCCGGAGCAGAAAUGGUCCGAUUUUCUUUCGCACUCGUCCGAAUACCCAUUCAACGAUUAUACCGCAACUACGCACUUCGCUGCCCAACCGUCACCAACAAAGCGGCCGCGCCUUCACUGCGAUUCAUCUUCUCAGGGUAUCGGCAACGGUUCAACCUCUCGCGGUAGUCCGCUCACGCCGGCGAUUGAUCAUUGUCGCCCCGGUGAUAUGCCUGCGUCAGCUGCUCCUUCUGCGCCACAAACUACCAGCCAAGCAGCCCGAAAGCGCAAAACUCAAUACAAGCCUAAGCGAAAGCCUGCAGCCCCGGCGAUCGUAGCUACGCCAGCUGCACCCGCGGUCUUUUCCAGCGAGUCAUCCGCCCAGUCCUCGUCUGCGCAGUACUCUGCAUCGGAAGCACUGCGAAAGGCGUCGUCCGAUAUUCGCCGUGCUACCGUCACUGGUCAGCGUGCCACAACGCAGACGGGUCCGCAAUAUGCGCGUUAUUUCAAGAAUUACGAGGAGUGGUGGACGGCGAGGCCGGAUGAACGCCAGAAGCUGGGCAUCCCUCGCGAAACGUCGCACAUGCCAAUCACCGCUCCCAAGGUCGUACUUUUCCUCGACUACACGCGAAACCGCCUCAGGAAAAAUUCCAAUGGCAACGAACUCGACGGUAGAGUUGGUGCGGCGACCAUCAUCGGGAUCAUCACCGCGCUCGAGGCUAAGCGGGUUGAAACUCAAGACGACUUCCCUAAUGACCGCGACGCACUCCGCACGCUUCGCGAUGACACAGGUAUUCGCGCCAUAGAAGCCGCCGCGAAGCAUGAUCGCCCCAAGCUCCUGGAGGAAGCCAUGCUAUUGAAGGCCAGCGGGACGUCUGCAGAUACGUACACUACAGAUGAUCUCCACACCGUCGGUCGAUGGUAUUUCCAGGCGGCGCGGACACCUACCCAGCUCCAAACAAUGAUGCGCGAUCGUGCGAUGUUUUUUCUGGGGCUUGCGGUGGCUUUCCGUGGCGACAGUACACGCAAUGUCCAACUUUCGGAUCUGUUUCUUUCCGACGUCUCAAUACCGGACAUACGCCCCGGUUUCAAGGUUCCUGUACUCGGCAUCCUCGCCGAUAACGCCAAACACAAUCAGACCGGUCGCGUCGAGGAAUAUGCGCUCAUGCGUCAUCGCGAACCGCUUGUUUGCGGUGUAUCCGCGAUGGCCGCCCACCUUUUCCUCACGUUCCGCCAGCAGACGCCCGAUUUCGUGCCGGAUUUCUCAGGCGAACGGGCACCGGUCUAUGGAAAGCGCACCUGGUACAGCCAUCUCGUCUUUCCGGCCGAUUUCAAGAGACCGGAGAAGAGCCUAACUUACGAUGCUCACAAUAGACGUAUUCACAAGAUGCACGGCGAGAAUAACAUAUCUCUCACGAAAGUCACACAUGCGCCACGACCGACGGGUGUCAAGAUCGCACGCGAGAACGGCGCGUCGUCGGAUGGCACGAAGGCUCUUGGUGGCUGGCACUCCGGUGACUCGUACAAUAAUUGUUACGACCACACACUCCCUCUAGACGCUCUACUCGGUAUAUCGGGCCAGAACGGCCGCAAACCCGAGACGUAUCACCUCCCGCGUGCGAAUCUCGACGUCCCUCCCGAGCUCGUCGCUGCCGUUUUUCCUGCCAGCGGCCAGUGGCUGACGGCAUUGAAUGAACGCGAGUCUCAAUCAGCACACAGGUACAAGGACGUCGCGCUUCGCAACUUGUUACGCCUCUUACCAUGGCUGGCGAAAGCUCUCGUCGUCGACAUGGCUCUGCUCCUGGCCGAUGGCGACGUCGCAUCGACAAAUGUCUGGUUCACGCUCCCGCCCUUCAAUACGGAUGCCUUUCGUCGCUUCGCCUCGGAAGCUCCCGUACUCCUCCGAGAGGCUGAACGUCAGACUCGGCUUGCCCUCGAUAAGCUGCCGGACUUUAUCGCCGCCAAGUUCCAGACCGUGCUCAGCGAUAUGUAUGUCGAGCGCCGGCGCGAGACCAAAGAACAGCUUGAGUUGAUCUCGAGACUCACUGAAGCCUUGGACGGCUACAGUCUCUCGCAAACGGCGCCGUGUAACCCAUCUGGAUCGUCCCGUACAGUCUCUAUCUCCUCACGAUCCAUGGUAUCGACCCGCUCAACACGCUCUGACAGUCCCGAAGAUCUGUUUUCGUUCUUUCCGAGCGAACAACCGUCACCGUCACAAGCUGGGCGAGAGACUACCCUACCGCCUUCAGCAUCAUCCUCGGUCGCACCCUCCGUUCCGCCAUCACCAUUGCACGAUAUUGUGGACUUUAGGGUCCUCGAUGUUGUCGCGGACAGGGCGCCUUCGCCGGUGCUCCCUGAGAUCCGUGACGUGCGUGCAGAGGAUAUGGCUAAGCUUCGUGCGCGCUUCGAUCCUGCUCGUGUCGCUCGACACUUCUGGACCUGGGUACCCGCUGAAUGCAUUCACCUGCCGUCGUACGAGCUCGCUCACGGAUUGAGCAUCGAGGACACGUAUCGCGAGUGGACCGAGGGUCAUGACGGUCAUCUGGCUGUACGGUCGCUCGAAGAGGCCUUUGGGGUCACUCUUCUACCUACAACCUCCAUCACGGCCUCAUACGCUCUACGAAUGACUGUUAUGAACCCUACACUACAACGUCUUAUUGACCACCAUGCUCAACUUGCGAACGUCAUCGACGCCGGGAAGCUCUCGAGGAGUCUUCGUUGGCUAACGAAGGGGAAGAUCGCUCGUCAUGGCCCCGGAACGGACUUGGUUAUAGGGAUCGAUGCAAGCUCCUGGUUGCUUGUUCGCGGUGGCGAGACUGUCGAUCAAUAUCGCGAGCGUGUCUGUCUUGCAAUAGCUGGGCUGGUUGAUACCACUACUCGUCUUCUUCGAGAGGGGCUGACACUUAAUCUUCUCUUUGUAUUUGACAAUCCUGACUGCUCUCACCCUCGUACGCGCCUCCUCCUUCACUCAGAUUUCACCAACGAGACUACGCCCGAUGGUGUCUAUCAAAGCUGUGUCCGCGAGGUUCUAGAAAGGAGCUUGUUUUGUUCCUUCUGUCGCGAGUUCCGCGACGUCGCUGUGUCCUAUAUAGUCUAUCGGGAUUCGACACUACGUGCGACGAAGGAACUUGCCCAGCUCACUAUUACGGGACGUGUUGACGUCGUCCUUGGACUCGACUUUGCUGCCUUGCUUUUCGGGGCUCGACGGUUCAUCAAAAUGCCGAAUUGCGACACGUUCGAUCGGGAGUUUGACGGCGCACUAGACAUGUAUGCGGCCACCCGCCUUGAGUCCAUGACGGGCUUGUCACGCGGCGGGCUUGUGCUCACCGUCUUGCUUUCCGCAAUGGGUUCAAACGAGCCGGCCCUUGAGUUGCCAUUUGAAGUGGCUCUUGCUGCGGGGAAGAUGAACAGGUGCUCGCUCGGGAACGAGCUUCUCCGCACUGGCGAUAUCUUACAAGAUGGCGGGCCCGCAGAAUUGGCGCAGGCUCUUGCUAACUGGACUACGCGUCUGCAGUUCGAGAUCGCCCUGGACCUCCAUAAUGUAUUUGGUGGCCGUGAUCUGCGUAGGGCUCGCCGCAUCCCACACGAGUUUCCUAAUCGUGCUACCGUCAUCUCGUACACAGUUCCAGUCGAUCCACAGGCCGCAGACAUACUCGUACUAUUUAGUGUAGAACAUCCGGCUACAGCUUGA